AUGACUUCGAUUGAGACUUCUCCAAUAAAUACCAAAAAGUCGUUCAAUACUCGACAAGGCAGUGUUUAUGAUUUUGACAUUGAUAUGUUUUUAAAAAUUUCAAAUUACGAAGACACAGUUAAACAAUUAGAUUUUUACUAUGGGAUAAUAAAACGACAAAUUCUACGCUAUCAAAGUUGCAUUACCGGCUUAUUCCCACAAGUAUCAAACGACAAAACAGUUGGAAGUGUUAGAGAAAGUAUUUAUUGUGCUGCUUCGAUUUGGAGUUUAUACCAAGCGUAUAGACGUAUUGAUGAUGACAGAGGUAAAUCUCAUGACCUAGGUCAAUCUGCAGUAAAGUGCAUGAGAGGUAUAUUAGAAUGUUGGAUAAGACAAUCUGAUCGAAUUGAAAAGUUUAAAUUAAAUCAAUGCAAUAAACAUGCUUUACACUGUAAAUUUCAUUUAGAUACUGGAAAUGAAAUUUUUAACGAUGAAAAUUAUUUUCACUUACAAAUUGAUGUUGUUUCUCUGUAUUUAAUAUUUUUAGUACAAAUUAUAUCAUCUGGUUUACAAAUAAUCUAUACACAAGAUGAAGUAGCAUUUGUACAAAAUCUUGUAUAUUAUGUAGAAAGAGCAUAUAGAACACCAGAUUAUGGAAUGUGGGAAAGAGGAAGUCGUUAUAAUGAUGGGACUCCUGAAAUUCACGCAAGCUCUAUCGGAAUGGCUAAAAGUGCGUUGGAAGCAAUCAAUGGAUGUAAUCUUUUUGGUGAAAAGGGUGCUUCCUGGUCUGUCAUAUACGUCGAUAUUGAUGCUCAUAAUCGUAACAGGAGCAUUUUCGAAACAAUGCUUCCAAGAGAAUCUACUUCAAAAAGUGUCGAUGCAGCUCUACUGCCAACUAUUUCAUUUCCUGCUUUUGCUACACAUGAAGAAGUUUUAUUCAAUGAAACAAAAAACAACAUAACUAAAAAAUUGAAAGGAUCUUAUGGUUUUAAACGAUUUAGCCGUGAUGGUUAUAAAACAGUAAUUGAGGACAGUAAACGACGGUUUUAUAAGUCUGGUGAAAUUAAGGAAUUUGAUAAAAUUGAAUGUGAAUGGCCAUUGUUUUAUAUAUUCAUGAUAAUUGAUGGAGUUUUUAAAUCAAUGCCUGAACAAGUUGACGAGUAUAGUAAUUUAUUGAAGAAGCUAAUUCAUAAAAAUGCAUUUGGUGAUCCUGUAAUUCCAAUGUAUUACUAUGUACCUGACAAAAGCAUCGAAAUGGAAAGACAAGAUCCUGGAAGUACAUAUCGUGUAGCAAGUAUUGAAGGAAGUAGUGUUAAAUCUUCGAGUAACGAAGAAGACGGCACUUUAUUCUUGUGGAAUCAAGCAAUGUUCAUUAUAGCUCAAUUACUUACAUUAGGACUCUUGCACAUUAAUGAAUUGGAUCCAAUUCGUCGUUAUCUUCCGUCAUAUAACAGACCUCGUCGCGCAGGCAGAUAUUCUGCUUUCCAAGCAAAACCUACCAUUGGUACUCACACAGAUUUAGUGGUACAAAUAGUUUUAAUUGCUGAAUCAAUGCGACUGCAAGCUAUGAUGGCUACUUAUGGGAUACAAACUCAAACACCCCACGAAGUUGAACCUGUCCGAAUUUUAUCGUCAUUGCAACUAAUAAAAGUCUAUCAAAAGCUUGGGAUUAAUAAAAAAUUAAAUCUUCAAGGUAGACCGGCAAGACCUAUCGGAUCUUUAGGAACGAGCAAAGUAUAUCGAGUUUGUGGAAUGACUGUAUUAUGCUACCCAUUGAUAUUCGAAGUAUCACAAUUUUAUUUGUACCGUGACAUGGCUUUAUUAAUAGACGAUAUUAAAACAGAACUUCGAUUCGUUGGAAAAUAUUGGAGACUUUCAGGACGUCCAACCGUUUGUUUGUUGAUUCGUGAAGAACAUAUGAGGGAUCCCCAUUUCAAAGAGAUGCUUGAUCUUUUUGCAAUGCUUAAAAAAGGAUUUUGUGAUAGUACUAAAGUACGAAUUGGUCGAUUGCAAAAUCUUAUCUCGUCAUCAUGCAUAGAGCAUCUAGAUUUUGUAAAUUCAAUGGAAACUGAUAUUGAACUUACUCAGUUCAAACAACUAAAACAUGAAUAUAUUGGCUAUCAAAGUCUCACGGAUGUACCAAGAACAUUGUCACAUUCUGCAGAAACGCGAGAUUAUACUACGUUAUCCAAAGAGCCGACUUAUACCAUCCUCGAUGAAAUACGAAAUGUUGAUGGUCUCUUUGCGAAAUGCCAACUCUAUGGAAUUAUAUUAAAGAGAGAGGGUAGUGAUUAUAAAAUCAACGGAAUAUCAGUCGAAGAUCAUCUAAAAGCAUUGUAUCAACAAGCUGGUAGUUUGAGAUAUUGGAUGGCAGUGCGUUAUUGCAGUAGCUUAUUGAAUCAUACUGUUGACAGUAUCAGUCCGUUUAUAACUGGAGUCCUUGUAAAAGGAAAGCAGAUUACUGUCGGUGUUAUUGGUCAAAAAGAAACUGUUUUUGAUAAACCCAUGACACCUGGUGAAAUACAAUCGGUAAUGUAUUCAACAAUUCAACCAUACAAUAUUGUACAGGCUGUUCUUCAACAAGAAGUAUUGUUAUAUUGUGGACGGUUAAUUGGCACAAAUCCUGCUAUGUUUAAAGGAAUUCUUAAAAUUCGUAUAGGGUGGGUUUUAGAAGCUAUGAGACUUUAUCUUGAAGUAACUAACAAAAAUUCUAAAGUUAUAGAAAAUUAUAGCCCAUAUGAAAUUCGACAAAUUUUAAUAAAAGUAUUGACUGUCAAAGAUUGGGCUACUACUGAAAAUUUAUCUGUAAUUAUGCGAAGGAAAAUUGAAGGAAGUUUAUGUAGAGUUCCCGUACAUUUUUAUAAUCAAGUAUGGGAAGUUUUGACAAGAUGUCCUGGUGGUAUUCGAGUUAAUGGACAAGAACUACCGCAGCAACCAACCUUAUCUACUAUGACACGUUCAGAAUUGACAUUCGCUUUGCUCGUAGAGUCAAUUCUUCACCACAUACAGCUGCCUGAGUAUCGUCAAAUAGUGGUUGAGCUGUUGAAUAUUGUAUCAACUAUUUUAUUACGGAAUCCGGAGUUGAGUUUUAGUCAACAAGUAGAUUUAAAUAAAUUAAUUGAAGAUGGAUUUGUUAUGUACUGUAAAGAUAAUGAAUUAGAAACAACCGAUAUGGUUUCAUUUUUUGCUGCUCAUUAUUCAGUCACUACUGGAUAUCUUGCUAGAUCAGUCGUGAAUAAUCUUUUAACAGGAGGUUGUAUGACUACAACAAAUAUUGAUUCACCAGGUCUUGUGGAUGAACCUCAAGAAAUGUGCAACGUUACAUAA